AUGUCCGACGGUCUACGGCGGUUAGAAGGCGAGCGCGUGUUCUGCCACCAAUGUAAUAAUGAAUGGGACCGCUCAAGAGGAGGGUUGACCUGCCCUCGAUGCAACGGCGACUUUACCGAGAUCGUAAGUCCCAUCUAUUCCGGGCGCAAUCACUUCACUGACAGCCCUCAGCUCUCCGGCCAGAAUGGUGCGCCCGAAGAAGAAGACCUUUUCCCGGGGCAGCGAGCGGCCUCGCCGCCGCGUCAUCGUUAUCCUUUCGACUCCCCAUCACCAGACCAAGGUCCAUUAAGUGACCCGUUUCGAAGAAGCACGCCUUUCGAUGACCAUAAUCCCUGGGCGGAUGUACCUGAUCCAGAAGAGGGCGACAUCAGUACGUUUCAGUUUUCUACACCUGGCGGCGGUCGCGGCACUUUCUCCUUUACUUCAAGAACAUACGCCUCAAGAGGGCAGCCCUUUGCCGCGCGAGCCAUGACCGGUCCUCAGGUGUUUCCCUUUGGCCCAAUGUCUGCUUUCGGGAGCAUGGGGGGACCUGGCAACGGCGGCUUCAAUAACGACCCAAUGCGACGACAAGGGCCAAUGGCUCAACCGGCGGAUAUGCAAGAUCUCUUUUCAGUGAUCAUGCAAUCGAUGCAAGCUGCAAAUCUGAACAACACUGGUCCGAACGGUGAGCGAGCCACUCGAGGUGGCUUCUUCCUGGGUGGCGGUACGGCCGGUAACCGUCCACCUGGCCCGUUUGAAUUGCUUACGGCUAUUCUCAAUCCUGGCGGCGCUGGCAGGCAUGGAGACAUGGUAUGGUCGCAAGAACAUUUCGACCGCAUUCUCGAACAACUUGCAGAGCAAGGCAAUACUGCACCGCCACCAGCUUCGGAAGACGCCAUCAAGAACUUGCCCAAGAAGAAGAUGAACAAGGAGAUGAUGGGUGAUGAUGGACAGGCGGAAUGUUCCAUCUGCAUGGAUAACGUGGAAAUGGACGCAGAAGUUACUACCCUCCCUUGCAACCACUGGUUCCACGAGGAAUGCGUUGUUGCCUGGCUUAAGGAGCACGACACCUGCCCGCACUGCCGAAAACCGAUCACGAAUCCUGAGAACAAUCAGAACCAACCAUCAGGGUCACCAAGACUGUCCAGACGCUCCACGCAUCUGAGUGAUACUAUGAAUGGACCGGGAGGGGACGGGACUCGUGAAAACCCAUGGAGUGUCCCAGCUUCACCAAGCAGCAUACGAGACGCACGAAACCGAUACUAUGGCCGCAGGUCCGGCGAUCGAGAUCGAGAACCGAGCCGCCGGUCCAGCAGCCCUAGACGUCAAUCGCAGCCGGAGCAGUACUAUGGCGGUAGACACGAGAGCACCGAGUACUACACGCACCGUCCUGAACCCAGCCGGCAUAGUAGUCGUCGACAUAGCCGGCAUGAUCCACCGAGCAGUUCUGGGGGAGGAGUUACAGGAUGGAUUAGAAAUCACCUUCCUGGCGGAGGUGGCAGUCGUUAG